AACGUUCCUUCCCACGCCACACCUCACGACCUCCUCCCAUGUCCGAGUCCUCCUCCCUCUCGCGCGAUCAGUUCGAGACGGCGUGCAAAGCCUAUAUCGCCGAACAUGGGACGCGAUCUUCUAAAAAUGUCUGUACCUCCUCUGUCUAUCCGUCGGACUGGACGUGGAGUGAACACCAAUUUGUUCCCGCGCUAGGCUAUAUGUCUCGCUCCGUGCCGUUAUCAUUCAAGGCUUCUGAGGUGCUACCGUUCGACAAGGAAGACGAUUGUGGACAUGUGCCGGAUGAAUGUGAGGAUGAAGCAACAGCCCCGGUGUCCAGGAAGGCUCUAACGUGCACACAAUCCGUGGUGUACUCCCCAACAUACCGGGUACCUGCGUUCUACUUCACUGUUCAUCACAGCAAUGGCGUACCUCUCAGUCUGACUGAGAUGAUGGCUUCAUCUUUAUUGCGAUCGCACGCUGUUCCCAAACCCGACGCAACGACAUUUGCGCUCUCUGAGCAGGGCGCCUCCUUCCCGCUUCUCUCCCAAGGCGACCACCCCGUCCUUGGAACACCCGCUUGGUACUUCCAUCCAUGCCAUACCCCAGAGGCGGUGGGUGAGGUUAUGUCUGAAGUGCACAAGAAGGAUGGACUGAAGAACAGGUGCUUGUACGUUGGUUGGAAAUAUGGUUCAUGGUUGUUGGUCAGAUCGUUGAUCUCCAUUGAGGACUCCUGUUGUGUGUGGUACAUGCUCUGAGCUUGAGUCGUGUCUUCUGGUACUUUAGUACGCUCUGCUGUGCCUUGCCGUUAUCUGGGAGCGUCUGCCUUCAAUCCACCAUGUUGUCUAACAGGCAUCCGUCUGUAUAGCUCGCGCGAAGUCGCCGUCGGAUUGUCCGGCCGGUUCAUUUG